AGAGCGCUGUCCUCACAGGAGGAUAAACGUCACUGGUCACGUGAUCUAUGUGUUUGUAGCAUUCGCCGCCUGGAGUCCAUAGAUUGGCAAAAUGGACACCAACUAUGCCGAACAAACGUCCCGGUGGUGAGUUCCUGCACGUCCGUAGCGUCCCAGCCCGGCUCCAGCCAGGAUGUUCCCCAGCCUGGCCCACAGACCGUGGCAGGUCUUCUGCAGGGUCUCCUGGCGGCACCGAGCCAGCUUCCCGCAGCCCCAGUGUCUGGGGUGGCAAACAGGAGGUGCGUUUAGCCUAUGGUUCAGUCCACCAGACUGCCGCAUCGCCUCUCUAGGACCGGGAAAAGUCCACUUCUACUCCACCAUUGGAAACGACAAAGAUCCUCCACCUAAAUCCCCAUCAGAUGCACCGGAAAAGCCGGCUGCAAAAUCUAGUACGACCCCCAUGGCAGGUUCACCACUUAAGGGGCUUCAGACAAUACAAGUGAAAGUCCGCGCUGUCCUGAAAAAGCGUGAAUACGGAGCCAAGUACACCCAAAACAACUUCAUCACAGCCGUCAGAGCCAUGAACGAAUUCUGUCUCAAACCGAGCGACCUGGAGCAGCUGCGCAAGAUUCGAAGGCGCAGCCCCCACGACGACACGGAGGCCUUCACCGUGUUCCUGCGCUCGGACGUGGAGGCAAAAGCUCUGGACGUGUGGGGAAGCCACGAAGCUCUGGCCAGGGAGAGAAAUCUCAGAAAGGAGGUGGAGAAAGAAUACCAAGAAAAUAUUUUUCGCAGUCAGCAGCUGUUAAAGGAAUACAAAGACUUUUGGGGAAACACAAAGCCACGAUCAGGCCAGAGGGCUACGUUUCUCCAAGGGCCGGGGAAAGUGGUCAUGGUCGCUAUCUGCAUAAAUGGGCUGAAUUUCAUUUUCAAGCUGCUGGCAUGGGUCUAUACGGGCUCGGCCAGCAUGUUCUCCGAGGCCAUACACUCCCUGGCUGAUACCUGCAAUCAGGCCUUACUUGCUUUAGGCAUCAGCCAGUCCAUCCGCAACCCCGACGCAGUGCACCCCUAUGGCUUCUCCAACAUGCGCUACAUCGCCUCCCUCAUCAGCGGCGUGGGUAUUUUCAUGAUGGGUGCCGGCCUCUCCUGGUACCACGGCAUCAUGGGAUUGUUGCACCCAGCGCCCAUUGAGUCUUUAUUAUGGGCAUACUGCAUUUUGGCAGGUUCUCUCGUGUCUGAAGGAGCCACACUACUUGUUGCAAUCAAUGAGAUUAAGAGAAGCGCCCGCCUUCACGGACUGUCUUUUUAUGAAUAUGUAAUGCAGAGUCGAGACCCCAGCACUAACGUGGUGCUGCUUGAGGACACCGCAGCCGUGCUUGGGGUCAUCAUGGCUGCAGGCUGCAUGGGACUGACCUCUCUCACAGGUAACCCGUACUACGACAGCCUGGGCUCGCUGGGAGUGGGAACGCUGCUCAGCGCCGUCUCGGCCUUCCUCAUCUACACAAACACAGAAGCGCUGCUGGGGCGCUCCAUACAGCCUGAGCGUGUCCAGAAACUCACAGAGUUCUUGGAGAACGACCCCGCUGUGAGAGCUAUCCACGAUGUAAAGGCCACCGACAUGGGAUUGAGCAAAGUGCGCUUUAAAGCGGAGGUCGACUUCGAUGGCCGAGUGGUCACACGCUCUUAUUUGGAAAAGCAGGACAUCGACCAAAUCCUCAAUGAAAUUCAGCAGGUGAAGACGCCUGAAGAACUGGAGACUUUCAUGCUCAAACACGGUGAGAACAUCAUAGACACGCUCGGUGCUGAGGUGGACCGCUUGGAGAAGGAACUCAAGGAACGUAACCCGGACGUCCGCCACGUAGACCUGGAGAUCCUAUAAUGCACUGACGCCGUGUAAAAAAAAUAAAGCUGCAAGAAGUGACAAAGGACCUCUACCUCCCAUUCCAUACAAAAACAAAGCUCCGCCUCCUCACAGGUGUCCGUGCAGAGUAGCGUGGAAGCAUCAGCGAGGACAUGAGAGACACUUUAAGCACUUGCUUGGCCAGUUAUUUCACCAGACAGCACAAUCCAAGUUUGUUGCAAAAGGCAAAUUCCUUCUCAGAUUUCAGCACAGGUAUGACCGUUCUCAUUGGUUAAAGUCACACGUUUGCACGGCCAUCCUUCCUUCCAGGGAAGGCGAACUGCUGCAGGUUGCUUGGGGCGACACAUACCAACCAAAAAAUAGAUUUUCCAGGGCCCACUCUCCAUGACGGACUGUUCCCGCUCUCAAAUCAAGAAUCCCGCCUCACACUGGUUUAAGUCCCUCCUCUCUUUGAUUUAUAUUGCCUCAUGAUCUCACUACAGCGUUGGUUUCACUCACUAGUGCACACCAACCAUGAUGAAGUGGAUGCAGUUUUAAAAUGCAUAACCUAAAAACAUGCUUACAUACUUAGUUUAUAUUACAAAUACUAAAAAAUACAGUAGAGGACCACUAUUUGCGGGGGUUACGUUCCAAGACCCCAAAAACACAAGACUGAUGCAUACACACAUGAACAGUACUGAAAAAUGCUUAUUUCAAAUUUUCUAAAUCCUAUAGUAUGCUUCAUAGUUAUCGCAUUGUACUUACAAAAACAUGCAGGUACACAACAUCCCGUGUUGUCUAAGCAUCUUCCCGCUGAAAAAUAUGAAGUGAAUUGUCUUGUGAUGCCCCGCAGAUAGUGCCAUUUAUGUCUAAUUAACUUACCAUAAACUGGAAUAUUGACAAUUUUAAGCACAGACAAAUUCUGCGAAUAGGCAGGGAUCUAUUCCACGGGAAAAAAUAUCUUACAACUUGUAACAAUUACAUCAUGUAUCUAAUGAAGUCUGAAAUCCAGUAUGGCAUUUGUAAACUAACAUAGGAAGCAUGUCAUUAAUUGUUGUCUCUCAAACAGUUGACUCAUUUUCGCUCACAGGAUGUAUGAAUAAUCUUUGGCCCCUUCACCAUGCUUAGAAGUCACUACACCGCGCUUUUAUUCUGAAGGCCUUUUUGCAGGUACGAGCUGGAGACAUGUUUUAUUCUAUUCAGGGACCCAGAGUCAUUUCAUCUUAGCGAGGAGAGACGCAACUAUCUAUUUGUUAUUGUAUAAUAUUGGACUUUGGGGGACGGACGGGCGCAGACCACAUUGAUGCAGGAAUUGGAACAAAUUUUGAAUAAUUUAUUAAAUUAUUUUGACUUCU